AUGCAAAACCACCUUCGUAGAAACCACCUUGAUACGGUCGAAUCUAUCAGCCGUAUACAAGGAAGGCCAAUUGCUCCCAAGAAUCCAGACAUUUCUCUGCAAUUGCCUCACCACGGCGUCGACAAUGAGCAGAGAAUGGUAGAUGAUGACGACGACGUCGUUUCAGGCUCAGACCCCAACGAGGAAGAUAUGAUCAUCGGCAGCCCCGAUGAUUGGGGGGACAUGGACCUGCAACUCCACUCUUCACGCAUAUCUUCUUAUCGAUCUUCCACUCAUUUGUCCGUUCACGACCGCGAUGUCUCCCCACAAGUACCACCCGCUCAGCAUAGUAAUACCCAAACGGUUCCCGAAAGUGCUACCCCCGCAAUGAUAAUUGAAAGUCAUUCUUUUGACGCCGAAAACAGAACUGUCGACCCUCCGAAGUUCAACAUGCUUGACAUUCCCUACGACAGCCCAACUAUCACCACAUCCGAACAACUGCAGUCAGUCAACUGCAUUGUCUACAACCCUUUAAAAAUUCUCGUUUGUUACAUUUGCGAAAUUGCAGUCAUGCCCUCUCGCCUCAUUAUCCAUCGUCGCUCCAGACCCCACGAAGACCGCACCCUCACUAAAGCGUUUGUGGACUCGCUGAUUCAACGUCACAAUCUUUUCCUGCAAGACCGUUUUGAGCCAGAAGAGGUCCCAAAGUCUCCCGUUCCAGGAAUCCCAUGGAUCGAAGGCCUGACGUGUGGAGUCCGUGGAUGUAUGCACUCCACAACCUCGGCACAGACCAUGGGACGGCAUCUCUCGAUGGAGCACAAAACCACCAGGAGGGAAUUUCCCCCCAUGGACACACUUGUGCAGGUGAUCUUUGAGUCUUGCCAACGACGAUAUACGGUCAAGGUUUCUGUGCUGCAGCCUUCUUUGUCAAACAAUACCCCCAUCCCUUUGGAUAUUCUGCUCGGUCAGUAUAAUCAACGUGAUCGGGUUAACCGCGGAUUAGUCCUGCCUGAUGAUUCAGCGGUCUUAAAUCCUCUACUUGCCAAGUAUCGCUGGAUGGAGACACUACAGGGAAUAUCCCCGAUGGAUAUUACCCAGUGGAUUUCAAUGCCAGGUGACGGCGAGAGGUUGGAGCCGUUGGUAGACGCUGUUAGUAAUUAUUAUGCGGCCAUUGCCAAGGAAAUGAACCGUCUAGAUGUUCAUACGACGACGCUUCGCUGGAUAAACUCAACUAAAGGGAAUAUCGUCAACGAGCCCUUCAAAGUCCCAAUGCGGGCCAAGACCCUCCGACGCUACAGUCAAACCAUAACUCAAUUUCUGGCUUUUGUACUACGCAAUGCCGUCACUAACAAUCAUGGAUCCAAGAUUAAUCUUGCGCCGCCCAUCUUGGAUGCGAGCCGUUCCUUGGUCCAAGCACUCGAGUCAACAAACCCCCACUUGGAAUGCGCGAGCGCCAUCCACCGACUGGUCAUCGAAAUUCUCCUUAUAGUUCACACACCUGGUAAUUUGCACACCUGCCCUGUUGCGCGAUUCAUAAUAUAUAUGAACGUCCUACCAUCGGGGAAAAUCCGUCAUCCUGGCGAGAUAAACGGUACAUUGACGGAGUUGAAAUGGCCCUUCCGCGCGUCAACAUUUUGGGAGGUGCUUCGACGAGUCAACGCCGGAAUCAAUGGAGAAGAGCUUGAGCAUAUCGUCCAAGAUGUCCGAAAGGCUGUCCGGGAAGACGGGUACACCGCAUUUUCUCAUCUGAUGGAAUUGAGUCAUUAUGCGACUGUUUUGGAUGCCAAUACGCCACGAAUGCCGCGCAUCAUGUGGAGGGACACUGCGGGGGAGGAGAUGAUCUUUGAUGGACGCCCCAUCUCGACGUCAUCCUUCCGGAACAUGUACCAAAAACUGGCGAACGAGACGGAGCAUAUGCUGCGCCAGCAGGUUCUGCUGGGCCUAGAACUUCCUGACCUCCACCAUGAUGUCAUCCACGAUGAGUUGAAUAAUACAGAACCUGGUUACUCCUUCAUUUCCGACACGCGAAAUACGUUCCAUCGCCAUCAUCUUUUCCUGAUCAGUGCAAUGCUGGACGAUGAGAAGUUCGGCAAUCGUUUUUUUUACCGUGAACACAGCAACUCCGUUGGAGGGAUCGCUUGGAACAUGGCUGGGAUCGCCGAAUGGUGCCGCCACUGCAAAAUUUGCAUAGGAAACCUCUUCGCUCUCGCCCACUACGGUGCAGGACAACCAGCUCGAGGGACCGAACUCGCAGUCAUUGCCCCAGAAAAUAACAAUCUCUAUCGGCGGAAUAUUUUCUGGUAUGCAGAACUUGUCAACAUUGUAACAAUGUACAACAAAACCCAGGCAAAUGCACAUAAGCCCAGGGUAAUCGGCCGCAGUCUUCCACCACCAAUUGGCCAACUUUAUAUCAUCUGGUUGACAUUGGUUGUGCCUACACUGAACAUGGUUUGGACUUGCUGGCCAAGAGAAUCUCUUAACCCUCGGCGAUUUCAUGACCGGCUGUUUACCAGUGUGUCUGGAAACUUUGACACUGACGAUUUUUCAUCCAUUUUGUCCUCCGUCUCAGGGGAACCAGUUGUUAAUUUCGGCAUGGGGUGCGCUAUGGGGAUGGCUGACACACGUCACUACCUCAUCGCUAUCAUGCGAAAGCAUUGCCGUGGGGUUCCGCAUAGGGACCUUUUGGAGGAAUAUUUCAAUGAGCAAAGCGGGCACGGCGAAGACGCAGCGGAAAACUACGCGAUCACCUUCACUUCCAUCAUCAACGUAUCGGAUGACCGCCUGGGAAAGUUCACUGAGCUCUCAAAGCUUCAACAUCGUCUACUCUAUCCCGACGCCCCGGCAUCUUUGACCAACAACCUUGCAAACCACCGGGAAGCAACUGGAUCCACACCAGCUUUAAUCGCUGACUACGAAAAAAUCACUUCUUCCAUCAUCUCUUCACUUCGAUCUAUAUCGGCCUCGCAGAUGGCUCCAUUAGCCUCACAAUUGGCCACAGCUUUGGCCCCAGCCAUGAAGCGAAACAUUGUUGAUGCAUUCGCCACCAUUACCCCGAUAAACGCUCAAAAUAUGUCCCCCACUAGCCAAGAUAUGCAACGAACAUAUGCCUCUCGUACAGUGGCUUCUGAUGCGUCGAUACGACCUGUUUCGAGUUGCCCUGAGGCAAAGUUGGGCGUAAUUGUGGUUGAUGUUUCUAAAGUGAAAAUUCAACCUGACCGCUGGCGGGAGUUGCGUGAGGUGAUGGGGCCUCAUGCAACAUUUAAGUCCCCACACCAGGCUUGUGCCCUUGAACUCUCGGCCCAGCGGAAGAACGACCUGUUAGUGGUGUUGCCAACGGGAGGUGGAAAAUCACUUUUGUUCUUUGCAUGCGCCGUGAGGGUAGCCGAGUCAAACCUCGCCACGGUCGUGAUUGUCCCCUUAGUGGCAUUGCUUGGGGACUUGAAGCGUCGCCUGUUAGCCAAGAAUAUCCGCGUCGCAGAUUGGGCGAACGAUGAGCCGAAAGUGACUCACUACAAUGCCCAUGUGAUUAUUGCCCUCGCAGAUACGGCCGCAACGUCCGAGUUUCUGUCCUACUUUUUGAAAGGUUGCCAAGAACGCAAGAUAGCCAGAGUCGUCAUAGAUGAAAUCCAUUUCGUCCUCACAGCUGCUCAUUACCGCCCUAUAUUCAAUGUCAUCAAACAUCUGAGGGAAGGAUCCGUUCCCGUGGUCGGCCUGACUGCGACUUUGCCCCCUGAUGCCGUGGGGACUAUAAUGCAACGCAUGCACUUCCUACCCGGAAACACCUUGUUGAUCCGGGCUCCCACAGAACGCAAGGGAAUCAUUUAUUCUGUUUUUCCGUUGAUGAGCAGGUCAAACUCUCUAGCUAACGCAAUCUACCGUACUCCCGCUGGCCAACAGCUCAAGGUGACGGACUAUAUUCAUCGGGUUCUGCAGUCUUUCCAGCCUAAGGAACGAGCUUUGAUAUUUUGCUUGUCAAGAAAUGAAACAGAAGACGUCGCAAAUACGCUAAAGUGCCGUCACUAUCACGCAAAAAUGGAUGCUGAAGAGAAACAAGCAAAUCUUAAUUCGUGGCGUGAAGGGGGGGGCUCAGAGGUGCCAGUAUUGGCAGCGACGAGUGCACUGGGAUCCGGAUUAGAUUACGAGGCAGUCAAGCUAGUCCUUCAUUACGGGAAACCUCGAAACAUCAUGGAUUUCAGCCAGGAAUCAGGACGUUCAGGACGGAGCCUUCCGGUUGCAUACUCAACAGUGUUUUGGGACCCCAACAGGAAAGACGAGAAGUUGCACCCUGAUCAGGACGACAUAGGGGUGGAGGCAAUGACGGCUUAUGUCCAUACAGACAAAUGUCGGCGAAUUUGCCUUCGAAAAAAUUUAGAUGGUGCCUUAGAAACCGGAACCUGCAUACAUGAUGGCGAAGCAAUCCUUUGUGAUGUUUGUGAGGUCGAAGUUAUGAAAGUCCCCGCGAAACCCCUCCAAGACGGCAACUUCUUUUCUUCAAUCAAAGCUCCCAUUACCACCCACACUACGGAAUGGGCCUCAAGUGUAAGUGUUGACCUGGCGGCUGCUCGCGCACGAAAUGCAAAGAACGAAGAGGUGGCGAAACAUUUUGCGGACAACCGCCGUGCCUCCGCGGAAGUUACCCGUAUGGAAUGGGAACCAUCCAAGGAAACUGAAAGAGCAACUCCUCAGACACAAAACGACGAGAUGGAAUGGGAAGAUGACGUGCGUCGCAUUUCUUCGCACGUGGAGCAGACACCACAGGUGGCGGAGAGUUCUUGGGCUACCGCAGCGCGCCAGCACUCCUUCGCGAGCCCAGUUUCAUCUCCCCAGGGAGCAGCAUCACAUGGGACAUCGGGCAGCAUGAAAAUCAUACAAGGUUACACCGAAGAAACAUUGAAAAAUUAUUUCGUCAAAAUGAAAGAUGCUCUUGGCUUACGCAUACUAUGUCCUCCUUGUUGGAUCAAUUCCCUAAAUGCUACACACAAGUUCAAUCGCUGCCCAGACAUCGCCAAGGCCUACGUCCUUGUUGAAAGCAAGUUUACCACGUGGAAAGGAUUAGUUAAUCUUCCUCAGUGGACUUGUUACAAUUGUUGCCUCCCACCGUUAUGUGGGGUUCAUCCCAACUUGAACACCGGGAAACAAACAUGUGAAAUGGAAGAUUUUAUACGGCCGUUGCUCUUUGCAUUAUGGGACUCAAGCAGAUGGAAUUGUGUUAUGUUGGAUGCCUUUGGCUUGUCGCGCUGGACUUCGCAGCAGGAGUUCGCGACCUGGCUGACGAAAGAAGUCAACUAUCGAGAGAAACUGUUAAACAUGCAUGUGGUCGCUCUAUGGGCGUAUGCAAAUUGGCGCGGCCGCAAUCACGUCAAAACAAAGUCUCAAAGCCCCGUGAAGCUUCGAACACGAUUUUCUCUGUAA